AUGGCAAAGACUUCAAAAAUCGUUCCCCAGAAAGAAGCUUCUUCUACUUCGUGGCCGGCUACUGAGGUCAAGGGGACCGCUCCAAGCGUGGCCGUUGAUGAACCAGUACCCGAACCCCCUUUGAAAAUGUUCAUCCCCGGGGGAUGCUCGGUCAACGAUGAUUUCAAAGUUGAAAAGCCUUCCUCCGUACAUGCUAUCGCUCGGGUCCCAAAUGAUGUCCCUCGACUCAAGGAGUGGGUCGAGGGUAUCGUUUCACAUAUGCCCUACUCCAAGCACUCGUGGCGCAAAUUAUCGAAUAGUCGUUGGGAGGCUCGUUCUCAUGGCCGGAGAGAGGAAAAGGAGGAGGGUUCUGAGUUCCCUGAGCUCGGAGAGAAAGAAAACAAGGAGAAGUACCGAGAUGAGUUGAUCCAACUCGAGGUAGAAGCCAAAGAGCUUGCUGAGAAGAGAGACACAUACAAACGUCUCUGCGAGCAACGCGAAAGAGAGGCUAAGGGCCUUCGAACUGAGUUGGACGCAGCUAGGAAAGAACACGCCGACCAGGUAAAAAUCUUUGAGGUUAUUGACGAUGAGCUAGACACAGUGACUAAUGGUCAGAACCCACAGGUCAAACAGAAGAUUGAUCGGAUCGACGAACUCCGGGCUGAGAUGGAUGCAAUCAAGACUGCCCGGGAACAAUUGGUCUCGGUGGAGGCCCAACUUCGAGCGACGAGGGAAAAGGCUGAGGCACGAUCCCAAAAAAUUAAGGAGCUUCAGUCUCAGUUGAGCUCGGCUGUUGCCGAUCGAGAGACCCUCGCCAAGGAGCUUAAAGCGGCCAAGUCAGUGGCUGAAAUAACCAAGGCCGAUGUCGAUGAAAUGGUGGCCCAGUACAGAGCCGAUGCCGAGGCAGCCCAGGACCGCCUGAAAGACGUAGUCCAAUAUGUGAAGUGGCAGUCCCGAAAGGAGGCCCUCGAGGAGGUUCAUGCUCGAGGUUUUGAAUUAUCUGCUGAGAUUGAAAGUAUUAAGGGGCUCGAGGCCGAGGCCAAGAAGUUGGCGUAUCCCGAGGACGAAGGAGACUCUGAGGGUUAG